GUCAUUGGUGUUGCACGUAACACUGAAAGCUUUGCGCAUUAUGAUGAGUUCAUCACACUUGUAUAUUUGUAUAUGUAGAGACUAGACGUCGAUGAAACACGCGAGAUGGUUAUUAACUUCUUAAAAGUGUUUUGUCGUGUUGUCGUACCUCUGUAUUCACACAAAGCUUUGUCAACACAUGUACUUGUCCGACGACGAGCGCCUUCACUGGGAAAGCGUUUCAUCGGACUUUCGCGGAGCAGCACAUCUGUGAAUCACAGGAAACUGGUUAGAAACGGCGAGGAGAAGAAUUCAGCGAUUUGGAUAGAGGGAAAUAUUGCAAGUGGAAAGACGACAUGUCUGGAAUACUUCAGCAAAACCAGUGACAUUGAGGUGCUAACAGAGCCUGUGUCUAAAUGGAGAAAUGUACAAGGAUGCAAUCCAUUGGGAUUGAUGUACCAGGACCCAUCCAGAUGGGGACUCACUCUUCAGACAUAUGUCCAACUGACCAUGCUGGAUCGCCAUGUCUUGCCAAUGUCAGCACCAAUCAGAAUGAUGGAAAGAUCUAUUUACAGUGCAAAGUACAUUUUUGUGGAAAAUCUUUAUAAAAGCGGAAAGAUGCCCGAGGUGGACUUUGCUGUUUUAAGUGAAUGGUUUGAGUGGAUCAUAAAGAAUAUUGCUAUUCCUGUGGAUCUUAUUGUUUACCUGCAGACUUCUCCACAGACCUGUUACGAGAGACUAAAGCAGAGGUGCAGAGAGGAAGAGAAGGUUAUUCCACUGAAAUACCUAGAAUCAAUCCAUAACCUCUAUGAGGACUGGCUCAUUCAUCACAAGUCGUUUGAGGUUCCUGCUCCAGUUUUGGUAAUCCCAGCAGAUCAUGAUCUUAAGAAGAUGCUGCAUCAGUAUGAGGAGAACAGAGAGAAGAUACUUAUGGCACAUUGUUGAGUAAAUGAUCAGAGACAACGAUGAUCAUAUCAAGCCAUAAAUAUCUCAGCACUCAAAACAAAACAAUUCGAAACUGGGUUUACAAACAUUCCUCCUGCACUGGACAGUUGAUUUACAUAGUAGGAUUGGUAUAUUAGUUCAUAUGAAAGUGAAGUCAUCAUUCUAGGGUCUCCGUGCGAUUCUUGUCAGACAGUGUCACGAUCAAAUACAGGUACUGUGGUCAGUUUGUGUUACUGAAGGUGUUACUGUGACCAGUGUAAUUUAUAAUGCAUAAGGCAUUGUUUUAAAUAAACUGAAAAAAUGAUUAAAAAAUAGUGAUUUUAUUACAUUGUAAUUUACAGUCACAUAACACUGUAACAUCAGUAAUAUGGCACGAAAAGACUGAAAAAAGAUUUUUAAAAAUUGUUUGCACCAUAUUCCUUUAAAUUAACUGGCAGUAUAAUCUAGAUGCACCAGGGGGCUCAUUUAUA